AUUUUCUACUUCUCACAGCCUCUAACGAGUGAUCCCCACACUCAUGGCAGGGAUUUUGCGCUCAGUAGUGCAGAGGUCCCCAGGCAGACUACAAACUGUGACAAAAGGUGUGGAGUCUCUCGUUUGUACAGAUUGGAUUCGUCACAAAUUUACCAGGUCAAGAAUUCCAGAUAAAGUUUUUCAGCCUUCACCCGCAGAUCAUGAAAAAUAUGGUGGAGAUCCACAGCACCCUCAUAAACUGCAUAUUGUUACCAGAAUAAAAAGUACCAAAAGACGUCCAUACUGGGAAAAAGAUAUAAUAAAGAUGCUUGGAUUAGAAAAAGCACAUACUCCUCAAGUUCACAAGAAUAUUCCUUCAGUGAAUGCAAAACUGAAAGUGGUUAAACAUUUGAUAAGAAUCAAGCCCCUGAGGUUGCCACAAGGACUUCCAGCCGAGGAGGACAUGGCUAACACGUGUCUCAAGAGCACUGGGGAGUUGGUAGUGCGAUGGCAUCUAAGCCCUGUGGACCCGGAAGCAAUUAAGUCCUAAUGCCAGGGCAGUUUCAGGUUAAAAAGUGCAGAUCGUUUUUAUUUAAAGAUGGUGAGAAAGUGUUUUCAUUAAAAUAUAUUUUAAGUACUAGUCAUUUUCACCAACUAAA